AUGAGAACUAUUGUGGGAUUUUACGAGUCCUUUUCAACUGCCGACAAACUCAAUUGGCCGUGUGAUAUUUCGUAUGUUUUGUGCAAUCAAAGGAUAUUCUUCUCAGUCGAAGAUGCUUUAGACUUUUUGGCAAUAAGAGAGCACAUCAAAUUGCAAGGUUGGAAGAAAAUUGACAGCUUCUUGUUGGAACAAGGUUAUAUAUUUUUGUAUACAAUGUAGUAUUUGGCUAUAAGUAAUAAACUUUUAGUGUUCAUUCAAUAAGUGACUCUGACAGUGUUGAUUGUGGAUAUAUCCAUCUGCCUGUUGGAGUGUUGCACAGUCCGCCUAUGUAAGAAUUUAAAAAAUUUAAUUGUCUGUAUUAAAGCAAUAUUCAUUACUAAAUCCUUUGGUAGUGACUGAUUGUUCGAACAAUAGUAAACUGUCAGUUAAUACUCAUAGUUAUUAACUAGACUAACUAGUUAUUGAAAUGUUAGUGCAUAACUAUUCCCUUGCCGAUUAUAAUUGUCUGGUAUUAGACAGAGUAAAAGAAUAAGGUAUGGCACAUAUUGUGGCUUAAUGAGUUAACAACACAGGUUGUGCAAUUUACCCAUCAUCAGGCAAUGCACCCAAAUGUGGCCUACUUUAGUAUUUACUCUGUAUAGCACCUGAGACUAGAUAAAUCAUCAUAUGUUAUUGGUGAGUACUGCCAGUAAAAUAGCUGAUAACAAAUCUAUCGGCUAAAUGCCAGUCCACCUUGUGGCAUUAACUGGCAAUGCGCUGUGCUCAGCCAGCAUAUUCUGGCUAAUGAAGUAUGUUACAGACAUUUUGUAUAAAUCAUAUCAGAAUCUGGGUUUGAGUUGAUGUUGGAUCUUAUUAGGAAAUAAAAGAUAUCUGCAAAAUAAUUAAAUUAUUUUCCGACCCACCAAACUGAAAAAUUUUCCAAUUGUUACCGGAAACACAUCGUUUUUUGUUUGGCCGAGGUAGCACCCACAACUACCACCCUAUAUUUUAAAGUAUAUACAUCCACUUGCUCUGCUUGAAUAUGUGAUAUCAAUUGAAUAUAACACUGUAUACACAUAACUCGAAUUAACAUAGGAGGUUUUCAGAUACUCUCAUUCCAGCCUGCUCACCACAGGCACCUGCUUAGCACCUGCUUAGCAGGCUAAGUGUGAGACACUCUUAGGGACUGUUCAUUAUUUAUACCCUAGGGGGGUUGGGAAAAAUUAGGGGGGUGGUCAUGUAAAGUUCAUCUUGUCCUAUGGCGGGGGGACUUGCUUUUGUCAAAGUAUCAUAUAUACAAACAAAUACUCUUAUUAAAAAUCUACCAGAAAAAUCGCAUAAUGAUGUAUGUCGGGAGUGGGUUUAUAAACUUUUCAUUGUUUUAUGGGGAUCUUCAAUAUUGAGACCAUCAAAAAAGGGGGGGGGUCUAUGAGAUUUUAGUACAUGACAUAAGAAUCUCCCAACCCCCCUAGGUAUAAAUAAUGAACGGUCCCUUAAUGAGUAGAAUUGUCUUGUGUGCUACAGAGUAAAUGAACAAGGUAAAUGAACACCCCAGGCAGUUAACUCUUUGUUAAUUGAUUUAUAUUUUUCAUCAAGUAAAUAUUUAAGGCAAAGUUACACUAGUCAACUUUCAACCACAACUCACAGCUACAAAGCUGGUCUGAUGUGACUGGUUCUGAAACGAUUUGCAUUGCGAGUUGUUGUUAAAAUUUGUCCUGUGUAACAUCACCUUUAGGGAGUCAAAUAAUGAAAAUGCUUUGAAAUCAGUUUGUCAUGUUGUCUAGUAUUUAACUAAGUUUUUGCGAUGUUCCCAGUUAGGUCUAUAAAAAUUGUAUAUUAUAUCAACAUCAGCCUCGACAAAUACCACCUUCUCAGAGCACAACUUGUUACAUACUCAAAAAAUUAACUCGUCUUGUUUCUUGUUUAAAGAUAUUGUAGAACCUUUCAUCACAGAUGGUUUGAAGAAAAAUCUAGUUAGUUAUGCAGCAUUUGUUACCAUGCUUUUUGGGUUCAAUGGUGGACAGAAGCAAAACCAAUUUGCAGAAGUGAGAACAUCUUUAAAACGUUAUCUGUUGAAAAUGCUACAUGGUGCAGACUUAAAGGAAGAUGGAAAAAAACCCUCACCUAAACGCAAGACCCCUUGCAGCACACAAACUACUCCUCAUAAGAUCAAUGUUGGCAGUAAACCUGAUAAGUCACCUAUUUGUCCACCAGGCCCAGGUGUUACCCCACUUAGUUCAAAAGAAAAUUGUUCCCCUGUUCAACACUUGCUAAACUCACCAUUAAAAGUUGGCAAAUGCAGCUUGGAACUUUUUGAGAAAGAAAAGUCAUCUCAUGCCGAGCAUAAGUCUGGACGUCGAUGGAAGUCUCGACCUUUGAAGAAUCGCAUUCGGAUACAGGAAAAUACCUUCACUGUUCUUUCUCGAAAAAUUCACCGUGGUACCAAAGAGGAUUUUCUUGUUGGUUUGUCAUGCUCAGUGGUUCCUGAUAAUGAAAAGACUUUUGCACCUGAAACCAACAAAUGGAACGGGAAGUUUUCUGUUCAGGAUGUUGUUGAACUUACCAAGUUGGUCCAUGCACAUGAAAAAGAAGGGACGGUGUAUGAUCUUUUAACAGAAAAACAUGCUGCUGAACGCUACCAUAUUGACGCUGAUGAUAUUCUUCAAGUUGAAGAUAAUAGCAGCGCUUCAGAUGCUAUUUCUUAUGUUCGGAGAACGUUUCCAGGAUUAAUAAGUUCAUCCUAUGCUGUAGAGAUACUAAAGAACAAACUGAAGAAGGAGUGUGAGUUAGUACUCCAACCAGAGCGUUGUGCCACUGGCUGGAAGAUCCAGCCUGAUCGACUCCACACUUGUCUGCAGUUUGCAUAUCCAUGGUUGCAGGAGACUAAACCUGAAUGGUGGAAAAUAUAUGGAGACAGUCGUACAUAUGGGAGGCAGAAGAGUGUUGCUGUUGCAAUUGGGAAUUUGAACAAUGAACAUAUCCUCAAUGGAUGCAGCUUUCAAAGCCCAAAAGAAAUGUGGCCAAUCUGUCUGUUUUAUGGAGGAGACAGUCGCCUGAAUCUUGAACUUAACCUGGGUGGAGAUUCUUCCUGGUUAAGCAACUGGGCAACCUCUAUGGAAACUAGUGGCCACUCCAUGUUCCUCAGUGGUGAUUCAAUGUUUUUGGAUGCAGUGGCUGCAACAGACCUAGAUCCAACGAGCAAGGAUCGGUUUAGUAUCUACAACCACGAGACAGUAGAUACCAAAGGUAAAGUUGAUGCUACAACUGGGCUUCGAUCAGGACUAGGAAGGACUAUUGAACGAGUUCUGCCAAAUUCUGUGCUAAAAGGUGAGCCUUCGCUAUGUACUUUAGAUAUAGUUUUUAAAUAUGAGAAAAGCUUUCAAAGUACAUUUUGACACAAAUGAAAGGAUAAAAAUCUUUUAUUAGAACGACAUUUCGAUGUCAUCUUUACAUCAUUUUCAACAAAGUAGCGAACACAAAUCUGUUGAAAAAAUUAAUGUUGGUCAGAAUCUCAUAUUUUAGCCCUUGAGAAUUAACUCUCCUGACGACUUCACUCUCCGCAUAUGCAUAAUUAUUAUUAAGUAGGAAUAAAUCUCACCUAAGCUAUGAAGUGUUCGUGAUUAGUGGACCUUUCACCUUUUUGACUAAAAUUUUGAUCUCAACAAGUCUAUACAAAAAUUUCAUCACUGCUUGAAAGAGCAUCUCAAAAUUAGUAUUAUUCCAAAGUUCGUUGCAAAGUGUUGUAAAAUGCGGAUAAUAUGGCCUUGUAAAAUUUGCAAUUUCCAGUCGUUUUUUAUUACGUGCGAGAAAUACAUACCUCCUUCGCAAAAAGGGUAUGUAUUUCCCGUUUUUAUUAUAUGAUUCGACUUUAUUUUAAUCAUCACCAGGAAUCAAGGCUUUGUAACAGUUAAAGUGCCACUGUGACGAAAAAUUCAUUUAUUUUUUUCCGCCGUAAUUGUAAAGAGUAGAUAUAAAUAAGCCACCAUGCAAAAUAUUAGCGCGUGAUAUCCAAUUUUGACUGAGCUAUGCGCAGACGAAGUUCGUAAUUUCACGGCCGCCAUUAAAAUCCGCCAUAUUGAAAAGUUCAAGCAGAAGGGCAUGUGUGACGUCAUUGUCUCAACACUUGACUCAGCCGUGUAUACAAUAACACAAACAAGGUAAUAAAACUUAUUUUAUUCGAUCAUGCCACCAUCGCGUUGUGUUGUGCAAAAUUGCAGCAAUAUUUCCCAUAAAGAUGCAGGCAUAUCGUUACAUUUAAGUCCAUCUGACUAACAUUUGAGAAGAAUAUGGGUUGAAUUUGUUCAAACAAAAAGCGCCAAUUUUUUCCCGGUUCACGAGAUCAACGUUUUAUGAUCUGGUCGGACCAUUAUUCAAACGACAGUUUUGAGCGUUUGUUUCAUUUGGACAGUUCGACAGACAUUAAGCGUGGUGCUGUGCCUGUGCUAACAAGAGGUCGGCGAAAUGAUAGUAUUGUUAUGAAAUAUUACCGCCUAUGAAAUAUUACCACCCCAUAUGUUACCAUACCGCCUAAAAAAAUGGAAUUUCUCGAUGACAAAUUUUGGUCACAGUGGCACUUUAAAUGUUACUAUACACCGAUUGGAUGACAUUUAAAAUUUUCUUGUAGGCCUACCUGCUGAGAAGUAUAUUUUGUGUUCAGACCAUAUGAUGACACGCAUGACAGAAAGCCUUCUUACUCGCAAAGUGAAGUCGAUAUAUAAUAUGGAGGCAAAGUCCAUGAUCAACAAGAGAGAACGGGACAACCUGAUUCAGCGGCUAGAAUCAAACAUCAAUGCAAGAGGUGUGCGAGGUCGCCACUUCAAAUUUCACUUUGAAGCUGGAAAGAACAAGCUUGAGCAAGUGUCUCUAAACAAGACAUGUGCCCAACUGAUCUCAGCACCGCCAUCAUUCUUCAAAGAUGCCAGUUAUCCUCAUAUAUUGGAUGGUGUUUCUCAAGAUGUCCUCCUUCCAAAACCACUACCAUCAGGUCUGCAACAAGCCCUUGGAGCAUCAUCGCCGAUGAUAACAGAGUUUGAUUGCGAGUCUCUUAUAUGGGAGCAUCACUUUCACAUGCACGAAGUCAACCGGAUGGAGCCCACCCCAGUUCUCAUUGAUGAAACCAAGAAAGGAUCGUUGAAUGCAAAGGAUUAUUCCUUUGGUGUAUCAGAUGCUAAGAUUGAAAGCUAUAUCAAGUCACCAGACAUAUUCCAUGGGUUGAUGUGCUUCUGCUAUGGGAGUGAUGCUUUAACACCAUACAUGAUGAAAUGUGUGGAUAUUGUUCCUGUUCUUUUGAAAUCUUUACCUUUCAGGUCAAUGAUGAGGAUGGCAACGGAAGGAGGCGAGAGGAUGCACUAUAUGCAUCAGCAAAGGUUCUUCCAGCAUUCAUCUCGUGGUGGUGGCUGGAAGUAUCAAGAUCCUUUACUAAAUGUGUUCCAUCACAUGUACAGACAGAUAUGGGAACGUGUUCGUGACACAGGUGAAGAGAAUGUGGAUAAAUUCCAGGCAUUUGUGAAUAAAUGCGUGGAAGGCAAACACAGUGAUGAUUCUGUCCUGGGAACAACACCAUCUGGAGACGCGUCAUCUGUUAGCGAAUUUGGUCCGCUUUCUGGAAAGCGUUUCUCUCUGGUUGGGUCAUUUGCUUCAUGUAAGCUGAGCCAGGAGAAAUUGAAGGACAUGAUCACCAACAAAGGUAUUCAGAUAAGUAGUUAAUAAUGAGCUGUGUGUGAAAUUCAGAUAAUUAAAUGUCAGGACUCUCUGACGCACUGUAAGGCCAAACAAAGGUAACCUGAUUUUCUCCAUAUUCAAAGUUUAAAGUUUGGUCUGUCAGAACUAAAAUAGUAAAAUGGCUUAAGUUCGCGACUUUAGCACGUUUCCCCAUAUAUAUAAUGUGUUUGUUGGCCGUUCGUCUGACGAUAAAAAAGCGACAUUUUGUGAUAGCAACUUCACGAAUGAUCGUGCUUCAGAGCGUAUAUAUUAUUUAAAUGUGCCAUCGCCACAUGGCGGAGAAAAGCAAGGCAAAACUGUUUAGUUUAACCCAUUGAAAUGAAGUUAUAUUUAUUUCAAUGGUUUAAAACCGGACAUAAAUGCGAGCACACUUCGAAUGUCACAAAAAUUGGUCUAUUUAGUCUAGCUAGACACUAUUAUAGAUAAAAACACACAUUACGGCAGUGCUCAACUAGCACAUUCUGGAUAUCGAAGUAUCGGUUACAGACAUUUUGUAUGAAUCAUCUCAAAAUUUGGGGUUGAGUUGAUGUUGGAUCUUAUAAAAAAUAUAUGCAAAAUAAAAUUAUUUUCCGACCUGAAAAGUUUUCCAAUUUGUUACCGGAAAUACGCCAUUCAUGCAGUCUUAUAUGAGUGUAUUAACUGUACCAUAGUUUUUUUUUAAUAUUGUAUUUUGUUUUUUGAGGUGGUCAUGUUUUCAAUAUAUGCAGCAUCCCUGCACAACUUCCUGUCGACAUCAUAGUUCUGGCAACGCAGAAAGAGUGUGAUAAGGGAAGUGGAAGUCCUGGCAUCACAACAGCAUACCAGAGAAACUGGAAGAUCGUGUCACCGCAAUAUGUUGUUGAUACAAAAAAAAAGGUGCCAGCGCUGGAAAACUACCUUUUGUCAUUAGAAAAAAUUCAGGCAGCUCCUGGGACAUCUGCAGUCCAUACCAAAGUUGCUACAGUGGCCGAAACCAAUUUCAACCGUUGUGGGGCAUUCAGAGACCUAAAGCAGACAUUACACUGCAGAGCUGAAGGAAUCGAAAGAAAACCGAAAGCAGCCAACCCGCCACCAAUGAGAAGUCACCACAAAAAAAGAACUGAACCGUUAAAGAAACCACCUUCUGCUUUUGCAAUGUUUGUCCAAGAAAUGUAUGCACAAGUCUCAUCUAACCACCAGGAAAUGUCAUUUAAAGAGCUGCAGUCAAUAUUGGCUGAACAAUACAGAUCGCUGCCCUCUGAGACUAAAGAAGAGUACCAGGAGAAGGGUCGUCGUUACUUUUGCGAGAUUAACAAAACAUUUGAAUAG